CUGGGAACCUCAUACCGGAUUGCAGACAACACAACGACCGGCACGCCCUGCUCAACCGCGACGCCUACUCGGACCCCUCGCUUCUCUCCCUCACCUCCCCCUUCACCCAGGCCGCUCUCCUGCAGACUGCGUCAUGCCCGCGACCGUUGCCUCACGCUCACGGCCGCCAACCAAAAAGGCCAGAGCCUCCAAUGAUUCGCUACCGCCCGCAAAGAAGACGAAACUAGCGCAAACACCUUCGGCAUCCCACUCCACCGGCUACUCUGCACUCCUCAAUGGCACUCCGGGCAAGAAACCUGUCGUGGCUGCAAAGAUCAACGGCGUUCGGAAUUCACGGAAAGAUAAGGUAGACGAGGCCACAGCUGUCGUUGGUGACGCACUAGAGGAGGUUGAUGAUGUGGAGAUGCCAGAUGUCAACAAGAGCGUGAUAGAGAUUUCCAGUGCCGACGAGACGAGUGACGACUCUGGCUCGGACGACGAGGAUGAUCAAGAGGCGGGCCAUGUUGCCGAGAAUGGCCUAAUAGACACCAAUGGGCAUACCGAGGACGGCGAAGCCGCUGCUGACGAGCUGGAAGAACCUUCGCUCGGUGAGAAGCUACAGGCACAAGAGCCUGAAGCGGUGCGAACCGCCGUUGUCGACGUCGAGGAGGCCUUCGGUCAGGACGUCGAUGCAAGAGCUCUCGCUACCAACCCGACGAACAGGCCGCUCGCCCCUUCGACGAAUUCGCUUGGGACGGUUCUUGCCCAGGCGCUCCGGACAAAUGACAAGGAUCUUCUGAAUUCUGCCUUGCGCAUCACCGACGUCGAUUCCAUCUAUGCGACCGUGGAGCGACUACCUUCUCCCCUGGUAGCCAAUCUGCUACAGAAGUUGGCCGAACAUCUGUACAAGAAACCUUCAAGAGCGGGCAUAUUGAUGGUAUGGCUGCAGGUAGCACUCUCGGCGCAUGGAGGAUACUUGGCGAGCCAGCCACAGUUGGUUAAACAGCUUGCCUCUCUCAAUAGAGUGCUUCAGCUCCGAGGUGCUGGUCUGCAACCUCUACUCCAACUCAAGGGUCGGCUCGAUAUGCUGCAGGCCCAGCUUGAACUCCGCAAGAGGAAUCAAAGAAGAGCCGCCAUCGAUGAAGAAGAUGAGGCUGUUAUUUACGUAGAAGGGGAAGACGACGUUUCAUCGGCUGAUGAGGAUGAUGCGGACAGCGAACUGGGAUCUGACGUUGCGGGAAAAGUUCCAGAGGGCUCGGAUGAGGACGAGACCAGCUCUGUGGAUCACAUGCCAACAACUAUGGAAAUGGACGAAGCGACAGAGGAGGACAGUGGCAAUGAUGAUCUGCUGGACGAUGAAGCUGAGGAGACUGACGAUGAUGAUGGUGAUGAUAUGUCUGAGCCUAUGAGCGAUGAUGACAUCGAUGGCGAAGAUGCUGCUUCAGCGAGCGAGGAAGAGUCUCGGCCCGCGAGACGGUCAACGGCCGGCAGAGCAGGAACCACGCGUCGUUAUUAGGCAUGCAACGUGCAUUUUGGUGCGAGCCGAGUGAUGUCAAAAUUCUUUUUGUUGUUUUGGGGCGUCUUCAUCUUGCAUAGGUUGCACGGGAAAUACGUCAGCCUCAUACCUGGCGUUUUGGGUUGCUAUUGAGGUCAGUUCGAGCGAUAGGGUCUCAUGCGUCAACCAGUAAUGGAUUCACUGCAUACUUCGGGUACAUAAAUCAUCAGGC